AUGUGGAUUGUGUAUGUGAAUGGACGUGCCUGCUGUUGUCUGGUGCGGGGCAAAGUAUACACGGUGGGAAGAGGAGACUGCGACAUUAUACUCACAGGCAAUGCCAGCAUUAGUCGCAAACAUCUCACACUGCAGAUAGAAGAAAAAGAAAAAGAAGAAAAAGAAAGUGAACAGAAAGAGAAAAAAAACACACGGGAUUUAAAAAGAAGACCCUGUGUCAUCAUCACAGACACCUCCACACACGGGACAGAAGUAUGCGCCUCUUCUUUAGAUAAUAACAACAGCAGAAGUAGUAGUACGAGUAGUACUCAUACACAUACUACUACUAGUAGUGAUAGUAAUAGUGAUAGUGAUAGUAGUAUGAAUAGUGUGCGUAGUCACAACAUGGAUGAUGGUCCUGCGGCCACACGCACAUUACAAAUAUGCCGCCGUCGUCCACUGUUACGAUCUCGCCUCUCACGUGGUGAAUCUUUUCGCACUCCCCGCAAACACUUCACCUGGCGGCAUUUCACUAUUCACAUUGGCACACAACCCACAGAAACUACCACAACAACAACAACAACACAUCCACCAACGCAACCCGUGUUAUUGCAAUUGCGAUGGACCCCACUGCGUCUCUUUUCUCUCGGUAUUGUAAAGGAAGAACAGAAGACACAACUGCAGUGUAGUGUUCGUCGCUGCUGUGCGUGUGUGGUGGGGGACUAUACACAAGCGAAUUGUCUCGUCACGCCGCUGUUGACACCCACAGCCGUUGGAAUUGCCAUGUUGUGCCGUUCUGCCCCUAUCGUGACACCCGCGUACGUGGAGGCACUCGGAAAUAUCAACAAGACGCAUAAUAAUAAUAAUAAUAAUAAUAAUAAUAAUAAUAAUAAUAAUAAUAAUAAUAAUAAUAAUAAUAAUAAUAAUAAUAAUAAUAAUAGUGGGGGUGAUAAGAACAGUAAAGAAGAAGAAGAAGAAGAAAAAGAAGGGGAAAUGAAUGGAAGUAUGAGUGGAGUAGGAAUAUUGUUAGAUCCACAGGCAUAUGCACCAAUGUUAGAUCCCUUCUGGGCCACUCUGUGGGAAAAAGAAGAUCUUGCUUAUAAUCCACAAACAGAAACACAAACACACAAACAACAACAAUUAUUGUUGUUUCCAGCGAAUAGAAAUAACCGCCGUACACUCUUCGCUGGUCGUAUAAUUAUAGUCCUUCAACGUUCCUUAUAUGCGGAGGUGUGUAAUUUCCUCCCAUACACACAGGCACAAGUACAGUUGGAUCUCUCUCUACAAGAUGUGGGGAAUGACGAAACCCAACGAGAGACACUUCUGCAGUCCUUUGCGGCCUCUCAUCAUAGUCAUAUUAUAUUGUACAAUCGUCGUGAACGAUUACCAUUCCGCCACUGUGUGCGUAUACUGCAGGAAACACAUAAACUGCGGUGUGUGGAGUAUCUUCAGCUUGUGAAGAGUAUCGUGUGUAUUACACCAUUGGUACUGGAACCGCCUUUGGGGAAACCAAUAACAACAACCACAACAACAAUAACAGAGGUGAAAGAAACCAAAGGAGCGAAGGAACUACCAUCUCGACAAGAAGAAAAAGAAGAACAACAACAACAAACACCACCACCACCACCACCACCACAGCAGAAAGAAAAAGAAGAAGUAGAAGAAGAAGUACGAGAGAUAAAACGUGAAGUGGUGUGUACCUCAAAAGCAACGGAAAAAAAAACGGCUGGGGCAAAACGUAGGCGUACAGGAAAUAGUCCUUCUGGUCGACGCACCGACCCAAACCCACUCUUCCGCGAAACACACAGUGAUACAGAGAUGGAUCAUAAUAAUAAUAAUAAUAAUAAUAAUAAUAAUAAUAAUAAUAAUAAUAAUCAUCAUCAUCAUCAUCAACAUAACGGCCGUGAGAAGAGUGAUGAAGGGUGUGAUGGACGAAUGCCAAACAGUGAAGAAGAGAACAUGAACGGUUGGAUUACACGAGAACACACAGAUGUCGAUGGUACUGUUGAUACUAAUACUACUACUACUACUACUACUACUACUACUACUACUACCGCAGAUCUCGUUGUAUCGGGUUCACCUACACUACCGUCGUAUCCAUGCUUCCAGCCAUACAGUACUCUCUCUUCUUCUUAUCCUGUUAAUACGAUUGCUAAUGGUAGUCAUGGUACUGCGUUGGGUGGAAAGUGUUUUCGGAAACAACAACUAACAGUGUGUUCUGAGACUGUAGAGAUGGAAAAUGCCGCAGAGAUGGCGGGGAAUGGGCAUAGGAAUUCGGUGCUUGCCACUACACGUGCCAUAGACGCAGAUGACAUUAUUCCAGAUACAGCCACAGCGGCAGCGGAAACAACACGAUUAAGUGCUUCUCGCUUUAACGUCUUUGACGCCACAGCACAACAUCAUCAACAACAUCAACAACGAUCUAACAGAACAGCAAAGCCGAGACGACGUGGACCCACACGUACAACCACAACAACGGCAACAACAACAACAACACCAGGAAUGGGAAGAGAAGAAGAAAACGUGGAUGUGGUUCCACUUCAUGUGGGAACUCGUAAAAAGAAUGGAGGUGGUUCAAUUAAUAUAUUUGACAUAGAAGCUCUCUUUUAA